AUGCGGGAUGUUUUAUGCACCGAGCUGCCCUUUCCAUUUUCAAACUCCAACGCCGAUGUAUAUAACUCAAUCAGUAUAUGUAUAUCGCACAAGAUUGCUGAUGGCUAUAGUCUAUCGAAGUUCCUUAAUGAUUGGGCUGCUACAAAUCGAGAGUUGGAUUUCGAACCAUCUACUCAGUUUGAUGCAGCUUCGUUUUUCCCACCGAUGGAUGAUCCUCCAGUAAUACCUGAUGUUGUACGUGAACAAUGCGUGUCAAGAAUGUUCAAUAUUUCAUCUUAUAGUUUGGGCAAACUCAAGGAUAUCGUUUCAACUAAUUCAGGAAUCCAACUCGCAUUGAAGUUGCUACAGCACUUAUUCAUAAAUGUGGAUAGCACAACAACGACAGAAGAUGAGAUAGAACUGGCCCACGUCGUUGCUCAACUACGCAAGGCUAAACAACAUCAACGCGACAAAUUGAAGGAUAUGAGUCCAGAUAAGAUAGCCUUACACGCGCUUGAAUCAAUCAAUGUGGGUGUUAACAUAAUUUUAGAGAGGAAUUAUGAUCCUUAUAUGUACAGCAGCUUGUGCAAUAAAGGAUUAUAUAAGACUGAUUUUGGAUGGGGUAAGCCCAUAAGUGUGACAUUAGCGAGAAGUCCAAUGAAAAACAACAUUGUUUUCUUGGAUGAUCCAAGUGGAGAAGGGAUAAAUGCACUAAUCACUUUGACAGAAGCUGAUAUGUUGAUAUUUCAGAGUAACAAAGAGCUCCUAGAAUUUGCUUCUCCAGUUGCUUACUCACCGGAACGUGGUCCUUCCUCAAACCCUACAUGA